GCUCUUUUUUGAAUUCGCCUGCAACCUUUUGCUUUCUGAAGAAGCGCGCCUGCGAAUUGCUUACAAAGCCUCGAUAUUUACCGCUGUUUGCUGACUGGUCCCGCCGUGCUGUUACCACUCGCUUGCACACUCUUGUGACUGUUGAGUAGCUAGCACUUUGAGACCAUCUGGCAGCGCCGACGGCAUCCGCUUCAGAAUCGCAUCCGAACGAGAUUUUAGACACAAGAAUAAGCACGACGCAGACUCGAAGAUGACCGGCGGCAAGUACAUUGAGCGGCCGACCUACAAGCGGGAGAAGAUGCCGCCAGAGACCCGGCCUUUGCUUGAGCGCCUCCACUGGGUUCACAUCAUUCUUCUCUCGACCACGCCCCUGAUUGCACUUUACGGCAUUCUCACGACUCCGCUGAUUCUGAAGACUCUGGCCUGGGGUAUCGCCUAUUACAUGUUUGCCGGUUUCGGUAUUACCGCUGGCUACCAUCGUCUGUGGGCCCACACCGCCUACUCGGCCUCGUAUCCGCUCCAGGUGUUCCUGGCCUUUGCCGGCUCUGCCGCUGUCCAGGGAUCGAUUUUCUGGUGGGCUCGCGACCACCGCGUUCACCACAGGUACACCGACACUCCCCAGGACCCGUAUGACGCGCUUCAGGGCUUCUGGCACUCGCACAUGGGCUGGAUGCUGGUCAAGAAGGACCGCCGCCGCCUGGGCUAUGCUGACACAUCGGACCUGAAGACCGACCCUCUUAUCCGCUGGCAGCACAAGUACUAUCCGCUCCUGGUCCUGCUGUUUGGUGUUCUGAUCCCGAUGUCGGUUGCUGGCUUUGGCUGGGGAGACUGGCGCGGCGGGUUCUUCUACGCGACUGUCCUGCGCAUGGUUGUCCUUCACCAUGCUACCUUCUGUGUCAACUCGCUGGCUCACACUCUUGGCCGCCACACCUACGACGAUGUCCAGACUGCUCGCGACUCGUGGAUCACUGCUCUGGUGACCAUGGGCGAGGGCUACCACAACUUCCACCACCAGUUCCCGAACGACUACCGCAACGCCAUCCGCUUCUACCAGUACGAUCCGACCAAGUGGUUCAUCCGUGCUAUGUCGCUCUUUGGCCUGUCCUACGACCUCAAGACGUUCCCGUCCAACGAGAUUGAGAAGGGCUUUAUCCAGAUGCGCAUGCAGGAGCUUGAGCGCAAGCGCGUCAAGCUGUCGUUUGGUACUCCGGUCUCCAAGCUCCCGGUCUUCACCGAGGCUGAGUUCCUGGAGGGCGUCAAGAAGAACCACAAGCAGUGGAUGGUUGUUGAGGGCUACGUCUACGACGUCGCCUCGUUCAUCAACGACCACCCCGGAGGCAAGGCCCUGAUCAAGGGCGGUAUUGGCAAGGACAUGACCGAGGCCUUCAACGGCGGUGUCUACCAGCACCACAACUCGGCCCGCAACCUGAUGAACACCUCCCUCCGCAUUGGUGUCCUGCAGCGUCUCUGAGCCGUAUUAACGACCAUUCAUUUUUUAUAGAUGCGUACAUGUUUGCCCUCUUGUUUUUAACGGCCAACAAUAUAGCAGCAAAGCAUC